UACAUGAGAAACUAACUGUUCAACUCCACCUUUUGAACCAAACCCUCGUUUUAAAGCGGAGUUCUUAGCGGCGACGUUAUCCAGACGUUUGAUGUAUCCACGCACAAACCCAACGUAGACGUUGAGGAAAUCGUUGUCGGCGGUGCCGGAUGUGAGAGAAAAUCCGUGGGUAGGGCACAUAUUUGGUUGAGAUCGACUAGGGAAAGCCAGGGUUGACGGAGAAGAGGGAAUCGACGCCGGAGGUGACAGCUGUGCCAUAGAAAACUCGCUGGGAGUUAGACUGCGUUCCAAGGGCGAAAAGUUUUUGCCUUCAAGAUCUGAGUGGGAGAUCUCAAAGGUGUAGUAGCAUCAAUGGAUUCACAGGGUCAAACAACUUCAUUACAGAGACUCCAGAAUGUGGAGAAGAGAAUUGUCAAGGUUUUAGAGUUAGCAGGAGGAGUCAUGGAUGAGCUGGCAAGCUCGACAGGUCCUAGGAAAGAUGUGGUCCAAAAUCACUGCCUGGAAUUCAUGCAAUUAAUUAAGGACAUCCAGGUGGCAUUGCGUGAUGAAAUCAGAAGUGCUUGUGAGUAUCGCCCAUUUGAGAAGUGCGAUUAUGGUUCAAGAAUAGCCAGUGAGAUUUGUUUCAAGAAACUAGAAUAUGUUAUAUCGCAGUUGGAUGGAAUGAAACAGACGAUUGAUGAGUAUGACACAGCUGUCUGAGAUCUACAUAGGAGCUUUCCUCAGAUGAGAACCUUUGGUUUGAAAUUCAUUGAUUUGGGGAUUUCUGUAUCUAGUUAUUUUAACAGCCUCAUGUCCAAUUAUUAUGGACUCUACCUCGUUCAUUAAUUCUUGUUUCUUGGUACAGCUAUGGCAUGGGACAACUUGUGGUGUUAUGUCUGAAUGGGAUAUUACCUAGCUUUAUACUAUAGAUGGGAAUUUAUAUAACAUUGGGAGGAUAUUGAGGUAUUAUUUUUGAAUGGUGUAUUAUUUUUGGUUACCUACAAGUACCUCUUCUAUCAAAAAUUUAAACCUUGGUUUGCCACGUGA